CCCAAAACAAGUUCUAGUUCUAUUCAAAGGAAAGCUCUGAUCUAGCUACACAAACCAAGAAACUAAACAAAAGAUCAAAUUAAGGUAUGGGUUCAAAUGAGCAGAAACUGUUAGACUUGAAGAAACAGUUUGAAGAGUUAAAGACACAAUUUGAAAAAUGUAAAGCAACGCAUAGAGACGAGAAAGAUGGGCAGCACAUUAUUGAGUUUCCUCUACCACCAGGAACUAAGAAGGAACAGAUAAAGUUAACGUCGGUCAGUAAUGAAUCGAUCAGGAUCGAAUGGACGCCGCAAGGGGUAACGGAACCCUUUAAAAGAAUUGUAAGCAGUCUUCAAAAUUAUGACCACAACAAAAUUACAGCACAUUUUGUAGAAGGCGUUCUCCGUGUCUUUCUGCAACCUAAAAUACCACCGCCGGCUGCUGCCAUCGUACAAGAUCCACCGCGACCCGACGUCAAUAAUCGCGAGGCGCCGAAAACCGCACAGAGCCCCCAUACAAGUGACCAAAAUGAUGACACUGCUAAAAGAGGAGUUGAGACGGAGAGCGGUGCCGGCGGUAGCGGCGGCCUUGAAGAUGGAGCGACGAAAAGAAAAAGCAUCGGUGAAGAAGAAGAAAGCCGCCAUACCGGAAUUCCAGCAGCGGCGGCGGCAACCAUGAGGACAGAAGUAGCCGCAGCAACUUAUUAUGAAGUGGCAAAAAACCUGAUAAGUACUCACCAACGGGAAAUAUUGAAUGUGGCUGUGGGUUUGGCGAUACUUGGCAUGAGCAUGUAUCUUAUAUAAUUAAAUAAAUGGAUGAAACACUUAAUUAUGUGUGGAUGACAAAUCCAUUGAUUCUCCAGAGCCCCCAUACAAGUGACCAAAAUGAUGACACUGCUAAAAGAGGAGUUGAGACGGAGAGCGGUGCCGGCGGUAGCGGCGGCCUUGAAGAUGGAGCGACGAAAAGAAAAAGCAUCGGUGAAGAAGAAGAAAGCCGCCAUACCGGAAUUCCAGCAGCGGCGGCGGCAACCAUGAGGACAGAAGUAGCCGCAGCAACUUAUUAUGAAGUGGCAAAAAACCUGAUAAGUACUCACCAACGGGAAAUAUUGAAUGUGGCUGUGGGUUUGGCGAUACUUGGCAUGAGCAUGUAUCUUAUACCCAGCCGCCGCCGCCGCCAUGAUUAGAUCCAUGGAUACAUACGGUGGAAGCUUUGGCGAGCCUAGCUAUUUAAUAUCUGAAGAAUAUAAUUAAAGCUAAUUCUGUAUACGUAUAAAUUAAAUUGUAAGCGAAUAAAUUUAAUUAGCAGACCAGCCAACUGUAUAUAUACGCAAUAA